AUGGAUGUUGCAGCUUUACGAGACCGUAUACAGUCUACCCUCGAUGUCAAUGCGGACAAUCGGCGGCAAGCUGAAUUGGACCUGAAAUAUGCCGAGACGCAACCCGGCUUUAUAAAUGCGCUGUUGGAUAUUUUGCAGGGGGAACAGAACAAUGCCGUCCAACUGUCGGCCGGUGUUUACCUGAAGAACCGCAUCAACCGUGGUUGGUCCCCUAUCGAAGACAGCCCGUUGCGCACACCGAUUCCCGAGGAGGAGAAACCGGGGUUCCGUGAGAGGUUGAUUCCGGCUCUGGCAUCCACACCACCAAACGUUCGGGCUCAACUCGUUCCUCUCCUCCAGAAAAUCCUUCAGCAUGACUUCCCCGAGCAGUGGCCGGGUUUCCUGGACAUCACCCUUCAGUUGCUGGGCACCAACGAUGCGAAUUCCGUCUACGCUGGCCUGCAGUGCCUCCUGGCCAUCUGCCGUGUAUACCGUUUCAAGGCCGGAGAGAAGAGAGAGGAGUUCGACAAGAUCGUUGAGCACUCGUUCCCUCAGCUCUUGAGCAUCGGGUUGAAGCUCGUCGAUGAGGAGAGCUUGGAGGCCGCGGAAAUGCUCCGGAUCGUGGUCAAGUCCUACAAGCAUGCUAUCUACUUCGAACUCUCGCCGCACCUCCAAUCGGAGCGAGCUACUGUGGAUUGGUGCACACUUUUCCUUCGCAUUAUUGCCAAGGAUCCCCCCGCCAGCGCCAUGCUGGAGUCCAAGGAAGAGAGGGAGCUGAACCACUGGUGGAAGUGCAAGAAGUGGUCUUAUGCGAACCUGAACCGUCUCUUUAUCAGAUACGGAAACCCUACGACGAUGAGCAAAUCGAGCACUCCCGACUACACCCAGUACGGCAAGGCUUUCAUCACGACGUUUGCCCCGGAGAUUCUCAAGGGAUACCUGCAGGAAAUCGACAAGUGGGUGUCAAAGGGACAGUGGCUCAGCAACCCUGCGCUUGCUUAUACCAUGAUUUUCUUGGAGGAGUGUGUCAAGCCGAAGGCCAUGUGGGAACACCUGAAGCCUCACAUGGACAACUUGGUCGCUCAUUUCAUCUUCCCCAUCCUGUGCCAAUCCGAUGAAGACAUCGAAUUGUUCGAGACCGAUCCGUCCGAGUACCUCCACCGCAAGCUGAACUACUACGAAGAAGUCUCGGCCCCCGACGUGGCUGCCACCAACUUCUUGGUGGCCCUCACCAAGAACCGCAAGAAGCAGACCUUCUCCAUCCUCACGUUCGUCAACGGCAUUGUCAGCAAGUACGAGUCUGCUCCUGAUGAUCAGAAGUUGCCUAGAGAGAAGGAAGGUGCUUUGCGCAUGAUCGGAUCCCUGGCGUCCGUCAUUCUUGGCAAGAAGAGCCCCAUCGCGGACCAGGUGGAAUAUUUCUUCGUCCGUCAUGUUUUCCCCGAAUUCCGCAGCCCCCACGGGUUCCUCAGGGCUCGUGCCUGUGACACCCUGGAGAAAUUCGAGCAACUUGACUUCCAGGAUCCGAACAACCUCAUGAUCAUCUACAGGAAUAUCCUUGAGUCUAUGACUGACCCCGAGUUGCCUGUCAGAGUUGAAGCCGCCCUCGCUCUGCAGCCCCUCAUUCGUCACGAUAUUAUCAGGACUUCCAUGCAGCAGAACAUCCCGCAGAUCAUGCAGCAGCUACUCAAACUCGCCAACGAGGUCGACGUGGACGCUUUGGCCAAUGUCAUGGAGGAUUUCGUCGAGGUCUUCUCCGCCGAACUCACCCCGUUCGCUGUGGCACUCAGCGAGCAGCUCCGUGACACCUACAUGCGUAUCGUCGGUGAGCUCUUGGAGCGGAAUGCGGCCAAGGGUGAUGAGGAUGCGUACGGUGAUUUCCUGGAUGACAAGAGUAUCACCGCUCUUGGUGUUUUGCAGACGAUCGGAACUCUGAUCCUGACUCUCGAGAGCACUCCUGAUGUCCUCCUUCACCUCGAGACCAUUCUCAUGCCCGUCAUCAGCAUCACCCUGGAAAACAAACUGUAUGAUCUUUACAAUGAGGUCUUUGAGAUCAUCGACAGCUGCACUUUCGCGUCCAAGUCCAUUUCUCCCACUAUGUGGCAGGCCUUCGAACUCAUCCACAAGACAUUCAAGGCUGGCGCUGAGCUGUACUUGGAAGACAUGCUGCCCGCCCUCGACAACUACGUGGCCUACGGCUCGCAAAUGAUGGUUCAGAACCCCGCCUACCUGGCGGCUGUUGUGAGCAUGGUUGAGGACAUUUUCCGCGAUGAGAAGGUUGGUGGUGUCGAUCGGAUCUGCGGCUGCAAGCUUGCGGAGACGCUGAUGUUGAACCUCCGCGGCGGCAUCGAUCAAUACAUUCCCGUGUUCAUUGAGCUGGCGAUGCGCGUCAUCGAUGCUGGCGAGGCGCGGACGAAGUCUUACCGCAUCCACCUGAUGGAGAUGGUCAUCAACGCCAUUUACUACAACCCGGUUCUCAGUCUCCAGGUUCUGGAAGCGAAGGGCUGGACGAACAAGUUCUUCAGCACGUGGUUCUCCAACAUCGACAACUUCAGACGGGUCCAUGAUAAGAAGCUCUCCAUUGCUGCCAUCAGCUCUCUGCUGACGUUGAAUGCUGGCGAUGUCCCGGCUAGCGUGCAGCAAGGUUGGCCGAGAUUGCUCCAAGGAGUGACCAGACUCUUCCAGACGCUGCCGGCUGCUAUGAAGCAUCGCGAGGACGCCACUAAGGAGUCUGACUUCACCUUCGAUGAGGAGGACGAUGAGGGCGACGAGGACAACGACUGGGAUGGAGAGAUUGAAUGGACGGAACAGGACGAGGCUGAGGCUGCCCUGGAGGCCGAUGUUCCUGACGACAGUGCUGCCUACCUCGACUUCCUGAACAAGGAGGCACAGAAGUUCGGAUCGUUCACCGAUGAUGACGAUGACGAUUUGGAUGAGGAAAGCUUGCUGGAGACUCCUCUGGACAAGGUUGAGCCAUAUGGCAUGUUCAAGCACGUUUUCACGAACCUCAAGCAAGAACAGCCUCAGCUGUACGACAGCCUGGCGAAGAUCCUAAGCCCCGAGGAACAGCAAGUGAUUGAGGCCGUGUUCCACGAGGCCGAUGCGAAGGCCGUGGCCGCGGCCAACGCCGAGGCUGCUGCUCAGGCCAAUGGGAAUUAG